AUGAACAAUGCAGGUGGGAAGAACAGUCGAGCAGAAGGUAGGAAUCUUCAGCAGAUUACGUGCAACACUGUGGCCAAUUGUGGUCCGCCGGAAUGUUGCGAGUGUAUCGACUACUGCUUCUCUUCCUGUGCCAAGCAAGUUCUGGAUGCAGAGCGACUGGUUGGAGGUUUCAGAGGACACGAAGAAGUAGAAGGGAAAGGAAAUUGA